GAAAAAACUAUUGCAUAUAUCAAUUAUAGAAUUUCACACACAUAUUUUAAGGAAGUCUAUUACUCAUUAUUUUGUUCUGUUUCUCAUAUAUUCAUCAGUUGGACUUAAUAAUUGGACAGUAUUAAAUGUGUUGAAAGACGUGCGACAAUAAUGCACGAAAAUUGUCGACUUGCAUAAUUUUUUAUGAAAUAUAGAAACUAAGUCAAAUUAAGUAACAAGUUUAAUUGUAAGGAGUCAAUUUGAAGGUGCUGUGCUCUGUUCAUUCAUAAAGGCUGCAAGCUGAUAGCGAAUUAUCUUGAGUAAUAAAAUACAUCAAGUGCAGACCGUCAUGGAAAAUGAAAUUUAUACAAUCGAGAGAAGAGACAAGUCAGUGUCAGUUGCUCAAGAUCAGUUGGAGCAUAACGUUUCGUUCGUCAGUCAACAAAGUUCAUACAGAUCUGGUUCGGAGACACCGAAUGAGAGCAGUCAGCUACUUAGUGGACGGAUGAGAAUGAAUCUUACUAAAUUUCAAACUGUUUUAGGAAAUCGAAGUCUUUUAGUGGAUGUCUUAGCGAUAUUUUUUGGAAUUGGAACAUGGGUCGGUAUCAAUAGUUUAUGGAUCCAGUUGCCGUUACUCGUCAAUGUACUUCCUGAAUCAUGGUAUCUCGCAUCAUAUCUCGUAAUCAUUGUUCAAAUAGCCAAUAUUGGGCCCAUCAGUUAUACAGUAAUACAAAAAUUAUGUCCGAUUCCGGAUAAUUUCAUCAUUUAUGCACUUCUGACACUUGGUGUCGUUGCUGGAUGGUUCAUGGCAUUUUAUUAUCAUGUCACAGCAUAUAUGUUUGAAGCUCAACGAUCUCUACUAUUCUUCGUCUUCGUCUUUUGUUUUGCACUUGUUGGAUGUACAAGUUCGGUGCUAUUUAUGCCGUAUUUUGGACGAUUUCGUGAUAUUUAUUUGAUAACAUACUUAAUUGGAGAAGGAUUGUCUGGAUUGCUUCCUGGAUUAUUAGGACUGAUACAAGGUGUAGGUGGAAAUGCUCAAUGUAUAUUAACAAAUUCGACAGACACUGGAGAAGUUAAUAAGACUGAAUAUCAUCCACCACCUCGAUUUUCAACCCAAACUUUCUUUAUUAUCGUCACGUCACUAUUCAUUUCAAGUUUAGUUGCAUACAUUCUCCUUGACCGAUUAAAGUCUGUACGAAAGGAAUACGCAAAAGUGAAAAUCUCUCAUGGAAAUAAAUAUCAAUAUCAUGAUCAUGAAGAACAAGUUGACAAUAAUGAGGAUAAUAAAGCACCAGCAAUUACCACAGAAAAAAUCAAGAAACUAUCAAAUCUAAAUUAUCGUGCACUUUUAGUUCUUCUCGGUGCCGUAUGUAUGAUCUCAAAUGCAAUUGUUCCAUCAAUUAUGCCUUUUGGAACUCUACCUUAUGGAAAUAUCACCUAUCAUCUUUCCGUAACAUUGUCAAGCAUAGCAAAUCCACUAGCCUGUUUUAUUGCCGUUUUCCUUACUGGAACAUCCAUUAGAAAUAUAUUAACAUUAUCAGUCAUAUCCAUGCCGUUCGUACUUUAUUCAAUUAUUACAUCUGUGAUGUCACCAACACCGCCGUUUAUGGGAAACGCUCUUGGAGAAUCUCUUGUCAUUUUAAGUUGGACACUUGUUAUGGGUUUUACAUCGUACAUCCGUUUAAAGAUUACGACAAUAUUCAGGCAGCAAGGAGGAAAGAGUCUUGUAUGGGUCGGAGCAUGUACACAAAUAGGAAGUUUUUUCGGAUCAGUUUUAUCAUUUGGACUUGUUAAUUAUACAGGAAUAUUUGAAUCGUUCAGGCCUUGUGAUUAAAUUAUUAUUUUAAAUCCCAAUUGAAUUUAUGUUUUUAAAUUUUAUGUGCUUAAGUUUUUAAUAAAAACGAUGAUGCCAGGACAUUAAUUAAUUAAGAAAAUUGACAAAUAUUUUUAAAAUGUCAAGACUUGAUAGUGUAAUAGAGUAGAAUAUAUUGUAAUUCUGAUACAGAAUAAUAAAAC